AUGCAAGGAAAGGUUAAGGUAACUAAAAACAGUAGUUUGUCGAAUACAUGGAAUGCUUUGAAAGCAAGUAUUUUUUUCGCGCUAAUUCUGCUAUCAAAUUUAUAUGGACUUAAGUCGUUUACUGAUGGCUUUCUAUUAAGAAGAGAAGUCUUAAACUCGACAUCGUCUUGUUCUAAUCCACCACUAAAUAUAUCACAGUGGAAUGAAACCUCUGAGUGCUGGGCUCCAAAAUUGUUCUCUAAAGCCGUUAUAGUUGUUAUAGACGCUUUAAGAUAUGAUUUUUUGAUACCUUCUAACGACUCUUUUUAUUAUCAUAAUGCCCUAAAUACUCCGUAUGAAACAUCCGUUUCACAUCCUGAGCAUUCCGUCUUACUUCAAUUUUUAGCUGACGCACCUACAACUACUUCUCAGCGUCUAAAAGGUUUAACCACCGGUUCCCUUCCAACUUUCAUUGACAUCGGUUCAAACUUUGCAGGCACAAAUGUUGAUGAAGAUAAUCUUUUAUAUCAAUGGAAAUCAUUAGGUAAAGACAUUGUUUUGCUAGGAGAUGAUACUUGGGAUGCUUUGUACCAUGAGUUCUUGAAUCAAACAUAUUCUAGACCUGCUUUUUCCUUUAAUGUUCCUGACCUUCAUGGCGUAGACCGGAAAGUGAACAGAUAUCUAUUUGACUAUAUAGAAAACGCGCCAUGGGAUAUUCUUAUCGCCCAUUACUUAGGAGUUGACCAUGUUGGGCAUCGGCUAGGACCGAACCAUCCUACCAUGACAGAAAAGUUGAAAGAGAUGGAUGAGUGUAUUAAGAAGAUGAUGGAUUUGAUUGACGACGAUACUCUUCUUUUAGUUAUGGGUGAUCAUGGUAUGGACAGUAAAGGUAAUCAUGGCGGUGACUCUUUCGAUGAAUUAAAUUCGGCAUUGUGGAUGUACAGUAAGAGGCCAGCUUUUAAACCAUUUAAGCCAUUCGGAGAAGGGCGUUUUUCGAAACAAGUUGAUUUGGUUCCAACUUUGAGUUUGAUACUUGGAAAUGCUAUUCCAUAUGGCAGUUUAGGAACUUUAAUACCAGAACCAUUUUACUUUCACGGAGCUAAAUUUUUGCACGAUUGUAUGGAGCUAAACAUGGCUCAGAUUAAUAGGUUCAUUCAAAGUUAUGAAAAUGAAGCUGAAAACGAAUAUGGUUCUGUUGCUAAACCUAUUGUGCAUACCGAUAAUGAAUAUUUGGAUUUGUUUAUAAAGAGAUAUACAAGCUCACAGCAUAUAUUUGGAUAUUUUAAAAGCAUUUGGGCAGAAUUCAGCCUACUACCGAUGCUUACGGGGUUCGUAACAUUGGUUGUAGGCGGUCUAUCUCUUGCUUUGCUAAUGAACGAUACAAACGCUACCAAUAACGCUUCGGAUUUACUAGCUAUUACUUUGAAAAAAAUCUUUCUAUUUUCUGUACCAUUCUUAUUUCUUGGAACCUUAAUACCUACUCAUUAUUUGAUGUCAUUAUUCACGUUAGUUCCAAAUAUAACCAUUCUACUUGAGCUGUAUAGGAAAGUAUCUUUUGAAUUUAUUUUUACUAUUCCUAGUCUCCAUAGUCUUUUAGCAUUGGGAUUAGCCAUACUCCAUGUUUGCAGUUUUGGCUCUAAUUCUUUCACGAUAUGGGAGGAUCAAUUGACUCACUACUUUUGCAUAACAUUUGGCUUUUUAAUGAUUUGUAAAAGCUUUACAAACAGAGAUCUUAGGUUGACUCUGGAUUCAUCUUUCUGGUCUAUCCUCUUCAUUAUCCUGCAGUUCUUGACAUCUUACAUUACGAACUGUCGCGAGGAGCAAGGAUUUUUUUGCACCAGUACUUAUGUUUCUACACCUGAAAAUACCUUACGAAGCUUAAUUACCUUGUCAGUUUCAACCCUUACUUCUAUCUUACUUCCUUAUAUAUUUAAGAACUAUCUAGAAUCAGUUUUGAAGGUUACACUAUCGAAAAGGAAGCAAGUAAUAUUGCAUAUAUUUGAAUUUCUUUCAUCUGUUUUUUGGAUUGUACAACAUAUUUUGGCUAAUAAUUCCUCCCUUGAAUUCAAGUACGGUCGAAUGCUUGUCUAUAUUGCGAAUAUAUUUCUUAUUGGCAUACUUACUUGUCUACUUUGGCAAAUAUCUUUGUUUUCUGUACAUAUAAAUCGUGAUCAAAAAUCAGGUAAUGGAGAAGUUCUGAUCGCAGUCGUGGAAUAUUACUUUAUUUUCGCAUUAUUUUCAUCCUUACUAUUGUUUCUUCAACGCCCACUGGGUAAGUUGUCCUUAAUUUCUUGUCUAGUGCAGAUAUUUAUAUUAUUGCGAAUUGAAAAUUCUCAGUCAUCGCCCGGAGUAACAUUUAUGUCUAUUCUAUUAAGCAUUCUUGGGUUGUCGCAUUUUUUCACAACCGGUAAUCAAGCGGUUAUUUCUUCCCUUGAUUGGAAUUUUGCAUUUAUUCAUUCCACGUCCGCAGAAAAUCAAAUUAUCAAUGGUAUACUAAUGUUUUUGCACACUUUGGGUGGUCCUAUUAUUACUUGUUUAUCUCUUCCCUUGUUUGCAGCUAAGCCUUAUACUACGAAAAAAGUGUUUUUUAGAUAUUUUCUUCUACUUUGCUCUUCUUUUCUACUAUAUUAUCUCUCAAUUGCAGCUAGCACGGUGUUCUUUGCUGGUUUCUUCCGAAGACAUUUGAUGGUAUGGAAAAUUUUUGCUCCAAGGUUCAUGCUGAACAGCAUUCUCUUGUUUACCCAACAAUUAAUUAUUAUAAUAAUGUGUCUUUGGAACUCGCUGUUUUCCUUUUCCUGA